ACAGCCCCUCCAUCCAUUCCGACCCACUGAGCCUGGACCAGCCUCUAUCCCUGCUCCUUCUCAGCACCCAGAGAUGCGAUGCUGAGCAGGUGAGAGCAUCCUGAAGGACACGCAGACGGACGCAGGAAAAGCCCAACGUCUCUUGCAAGUACCAACACUCUUGGAUCUUACUCACAUUCUCCAGGACCUCUGGGGUACGGUCUGCAAAGCCUGCUAAAUCAAACCCCUACAGAUCCAUGUCAUUGCCUCUUCAUCUCUCAAGAAAACCAAGAGGUCCUGCUCAUGUUUCAUCAUCCAGGUUUCUAGCUGUGACCCCACCAGGUGGCUCUAGCUUCAACACCAUGCUGUGCUCCGCUCUGCUUCUUCAUCUCCUGGCCUUCUCACUUGCAGAUCCAUUAGACCAAGGAGCAGUGCUUGAACCUUUUGAAGCAGAUGAUGCCACAGGUUUUGGUCCAGUGUUUGUGGAGCAGCCGGUGGAUACCAUCUACCCUGAGGAGUCGCCUGAAGCCAAAAUUAUCAUGACCUGCGAGGCUAGAGCCAACCCACCUGCCACAUACAGAUGGAAGCUGAACAACACGGACAUUGAUGUGAACAAACAUGGCAGCCACUACAGUUUAUCGAGAGGCAACCUGAUUAUCAGCAAUCCCCUUAGAACAGAACAUGUGGGGAAAUACUCCUGCUUGGCUACCAACAUGUACGGCACGGUCGUCAGCCAAGAGGCCUCUGUCCAGUUCGGAUAUCUGGAUCUAUUUUCAUCGGAAGAGAGGCAUGCAGUGCAUGUGAAGGAGGGCCAGGGGGCAGUCCUUCUCUGCUUUCCACCUGCACAUUACCCAGGCCAGCUGUCAUUUCGAUGGAUCCUCAAUGAAUUCCCCAAAUUCAUCUUACUGGACAAGCGUCACUUUGUCUCCCAGUUAACUGGCAACCUUUACAUCUCCAAGGUGGAAUCGUCAGACAGGGGCAACUAUUCCUGCAUGGCAUCCAGCCCUUCCAUCUCUAAGAGUGUAUUUUCCAACUACAUUCCCCUCAAGCCUUCUGUGGAACGCCCUAUCAGGAAAUACCCUGCAGACCUUAGAGUGAAGUUCCCACACACCACUGCUUUGGUUGGACAAGACAUCAUCUUGGAAUGUUUUGCAUUGGGGAAUCCUGUACCAGAGAUCCGCUGGAAGAGGGUAGACGGGAAAUUACCAGAUAAUCAUCAGGUGCGGAUGGCAGGUGCUCAGCUGUAUCUCCCAAAUGUUCAAUUUGAUGACAGUGGCAUCUACAGCUGUGAAGCAGUAAACUCAAAGGGAAAAGACCACCAUCAUGCAAAUGUAUCAGUUGAAGCUCAUCCAGAGUGGGUGGAGCAUAUUGUCGACACAGAGAAAGACCUAUACAGUGAUUACACCAUGUCUUGCAUUGCCAAAGGUGUGCCGAAACCUCACAUUCGCUGGCUGAAAAAUGGAGAACCGCAAAGUGGAAAAGAGUUGAGGUUCAGCAGGCUGACAACUAAUGAUGCUGGGAUGUACCAGUGCAUCGCAGAAAAUCGCCAUGGAAUCAUCUAUGCCAAUGCGGAGCUACGAGUGUUUUAUGGGGCUCCAAAGUUUCCCCACAGCCCAAUAAAAAGAGUGCUGGCUCCUAAAAAUGGUCGGGCCGUUAUUGAAUGCCGACCCAAAGCGGCCCCGAAGCCCACCUUGACCUGGAGCAAAGAAACCGAGCUGCUCUCUAACUCCUCCAGGGUUUUAAUCUGGGAGGAUGGAAGCCUGGAAAUCCUCAAUGUGACGCCAGCAGAUGAGGGCAGCUACACCUGUUUUGCAGAAAACGACUGGGGAAAGGCCAACAACACACUCCCUCUGGUGGUCACAGAAUCAACAAAGAUCACAUUGGCACCCUCAAAUGCGGACAUUCACGCUGGCGACGACACCUGGAUGGAGUGUGCAGCAUCAUAUGACCCAUCGGUGGACAUCACCUUCAUCUGGUCCCUGAAUGGACGAGUGAUAGAUUUGCACAAAGAGAACACACAUUAUGAAAGCAUCCUGAAUGGAAGUUCAAAUUCUAAACUACUGAUCAAAAAAGCUCAACUGAGGCAUGGUGGACAGUACACCUGCACCGCUAAAACCCAGGUUGACAACGCCCCCGCUUCAGCCCACCUGCUCGUCCGGGGGCCCCCUGGUGCCCCAGGUGGGGUGCGUAUAGCUCACAAAAGUGACAGGAACGUUACGCUGCAGUGGAGCCGUGGAGCUGACAACCACAGUCCAAUCUCCAAGUACACCAUUCAAUACAGAGACCAAUUCUCGAAAGAUGUCUGGAAGAUCGCCACAACAUCACCGGUUGAUGUUGAGGGGAAUGCAGAGACAGCAACAGUGGUGGAUCUGUUCCCUUGGACAGAAUAUGAGUUCAGGGUCAUAGCCACCAACACUCUGGGUACAGGAGAACCCAGCAGGCCUUCACAAAAAGAGACAACCCUGGAAUCAGUUCCUGUGGUGGCGCCCUCAAAUGUAGACGGAGGCGGAGGGGCCAGCAGAGAGCUGACCAUCACGUGGACGCCAGUCCAGCCACAGUACUACUUUGGUUCUAAUUUUGGCUACAUAGUGGCGUUUAAACCACUUGAAGAAAAAGAGUGGAACAGGGUGAAAGUGACUGACCCUGGAGCCAAGCGCUAUGUUUACAAAGACCCCAAACUGAAACCUAUGACGAAGUUUGAAGUCAAAGUUAAAGCCUUCAACAGCCAAGGAGAGGGACCCUACAGCAUAACAGCCAUCAUUUACUCUGCUCAGGACCCUCCGUCUGAAGCUCCUGAAGCCGUUGAAGGGAAAGCCCUCUCUGCCACAGCUGCCUCCGUCUCCUGGCUGCUUCAGUCAGACACUGGUAUAGAUGGAUACCAGGUAAAGUACUGGAGACAAAACCAAGAAAGUGAAAGUCUCACGGUUCGGGCCUCACCAAAGGAAAACCACACAAGGCUGGAGGGCCUGAAGCCCAGCUCAGACUACAUCAUUGAGAUUCGAGCCUACAACUCUGCAGGCUACGGACCGCCCAGCAAACCCAUCAAGAUCCGCACCAAAAAACCCCCUCCGGAUCGACCUCCCAAAAAAAUAAUUGCCACAAAGUUAAAGGAAAAGUAUGUAAAUGUAUCCUGGGAAGCAGUGGAACCAUUUUCUAAUGAAUCCAUUAUAGAAAGUUAUAGGGUGCUCUGCAAGCUGAAAGGCAAUAUUAACUCCACGCUGUACACGACCAAAACUCCCUACAUUGGACUUCAACUGGAUACAGAUAAAGAAUAUGUGGUAGAAGUCCGGGUGCACACAGAGGGAGGAGACGGGGCUGUGGCACAAAUCAGCAUCCCUCAAAGCUACAGCAGAGCUACGUGGUGUUCCCCAUUUCUUAAUGUCCUCCCAAUGCUCCUCUUGGGUCUCCUCCUUCUGAACCUCUGAAUGUAGCGUCAUCUUUGUCUUCUCUUAGUUGUGAUGAAGACUGCUUGUGAUUGAUGAAGGUUCCCCACCUACAACGAUCUGAGACCCUUUCCACAAUAUUAUAAUCCAGUGUCACUUUCCAGCUCUUCCCCUGUGGGAUGUGUUUGUGGAAAACAGACAUGGACAUGGAAAACAAUUGGAAAAUGGACAAAGGCUUUCCUUAUUUAUCCACUAAAGGCCUCUCAGAAGGAAUCUCAAAGGAGUUCUGUCAACUUGAAAUGCCUUACAUAAACAAUUGCUCUUAUCUUUCACAGUGACUUGUUUCCAAAUGGGUCAGUAAAAAAAUUGUAAGUCCUACAGUUUUGCAUAGGUUGCCUGCUCAGUUUUUUUUUUUACAUCUCAAACCAGACAUUUCUGAUAUCCAAAUGCUGCAUUUUAUCACUUCUUUUUAACUUGGAUGUUUUCUAAAAACAUGUUUCUUCAGUGCAUUCCCUUAUAGAAGGUUAACAAUAGCUGUGAAAGGCAAGUGUAUGAGUUUCAAAAUUUCAACUUUGUCUUUUUUUUUUUUUUUUAUCAGUGGCUUUUUUAAAUGAUCUUGCUGUCUUACAGGGAUACAGUCAAAGCAAAUGUCAGCAUCUUACAUUUUGAUGGAUUUUAUUCAGAAAAAGUACAAUUUAUUACAUGCUAAAUUAUUAUAUUCACUGAUUAAUAUUGUAUUGUUAUGAUUAAUUUACUUUCCUCUCCUGAUAAUAUAUGAAGGUUAUAGCUUCUGUUAUAGUCAGAUAAAGAUAUUUGGGGAGUUAAACAUGUGUGUUUUGUUCCCCCAGAAGCAAGAAACACAUUUAAAUCUAUAGUUUUAAACAUUGAUUACUUCCAUCUAUGAUCCAAUUGUGCAGAGAUCCCACCUUUCCACCAAAAUUGGCUAAUGUAAAAAAAGAAAGACUUAAAAAACGAAACAAAAUGGUAACUAAAGAACCUUCAUUGUUUUGACUGUAUCAUUAGAUCCUCAGUGGUGCCAGUCGGUGCUUUGUAAAGAAUGUUACCAUUUAAUUUAAUUAGUGAUUUCAUUUCAUGACGCUCGUUGUCGGCUAAUAAUGGUAAAAGUGAAACAGUGGCGCACCUCACAGCCUCCUGUAAAUGUACAAUGUAUGAUUGAGCUGUGGCAACUUCAUGCUAUCUAACAGGACUAUUUGCUGAGCUUCUGUAACAGGAGUUAUAUUUAAUGCAUUUUUUCUUUAUCUGAAAUAAGCAAAAGGUAAGCAAAGCCAUCUUUAUCAGCGGUAGGAGCUCAGCAGAAGCUCAUGUCGUUGUUUCAAAUGCAUUAGUUUAGUCCUUUUAUUAACCUAGAUCAGAGUUUUAUGGACAUUAUCACUUGUCAUUUUUUUAUGGUUAUAUUUGUACAUUUUUACCCGAGUCUAGUUGGUCAAAUUUUAAAGUUUAUGUCCCUCAAAUGAAGGAACAAAUGCUGCGUUUUCAGUUCCUCUGAAUCAUUUUGUUGUAUGACUGACGCUGGUUAUGCUUUUACGUUGUGACAGCAUCAGCGUCCACCACAAAGUGCUUUUCCUGGUUUCAUCUUCAUGUCACAAUUCAUUGAAGUAAAAAUUGCCAAAUGCAUGAAUGCCUUGAACUUUGACGUUGCGAACAGGGCUGUCGCUCUACAUAAUACCAUGCAUGAGAUUGGAGAAAACAUACCAACAUUGUGGAAACUUCUGAGACUAUUGUAAAACACAUUCCAAUCCUGAGUGGCAUCCCCUUUAGGUCAGAGAGACUAGAGAUAUUAGACUAAUAUGUGCAUUAGCUGCUAAGCUUCAAUAAGUCAGUCAUCUCAAUAGAUGCCCUUAGGAGAAGUCUUUUAUUAAAGGGAAAAAUGUAAACUGACUAAAGGCAUUUCACUUUGCUGAUAAAAACUGUCCUGCUGUCUCGUUCACACCUGAUGCUUGGGGUUUGGUUGCAUCAUCGGUGAUACUGGCAGCAUGUGUGGCUUUCUGCUGGAAAUCAGUGCUUUGAUGUAAACGGAUAUAUACCAGGGAUGAAUCUGAAAGCUCUCUGUGACUGGACAAGAAACAAUAAAGGUGUAGUUAACUAGGA